AUGGGCGCGUGGGCUUUCCAGGGCGUCCUGAACGUCGGCGUCCAGAUUGUAUUGAUCGUGUUCAGCGGCUGGUGCUUUGCCCGCUUCGGUCUGCUGACCGCGGAUCAAUUCAUGGGCCAGAUUAACGUGCUGCUGCUGAGGGUGGCCUUCCCCAUGCUGAACAUCUACCUGCUGGUCUCUGGGGGCUUAUGUGAUGUGGGUCAGCUUGGUACAGUGGGGGACGCGGGAUUGCUGAACUUGGUCCUGACGGCCAACAACACCGUCAUUGUGGGUCUGCCGGUGAUGGAGGCCACAUUCCCCCGCAUGGGCGGCCGACUAUCGCUGCUGACAGCCUUCGUGCUGUUCCUGCAGGUCAUACCCUUCAGCAUAACCGCGUUCGAGGUGGAGAAGUGGAUGGUGGAAGACCACCGCCGCCGCGCCGCCGCCGCCGAUACGGUUUCGGAGCCGCCGUCCACUCCGGACCGUGAGCUAUCGGGUCGAUGGGUGGCCGAGGAGCCCCGCUGUGGCGACGGCGGCGGCGGCGGCGGUGCUAUGGAGGCCUACAACGACGGCGGCGGCGGCGAAAGUGGCAGUAGCAGCGGGGCGGAGCCGCCGACGCCGCGGGCCGCCGACGCCGCUGCCGCCGCUGGCAGAGGCCCCGGCGGCCGCGCGCGCCACCGACGAGACAGCAGCAAAAGCAGCGGCGCCGGUGGUAGCACGGCAGGCAGCAUCGUCAGCGGCGGCGGUGGCGGGCACGCGACACGGUUGCUCCGUGGCCGUCUGGGUCGCCGCCGCGUCGGCAGCGGUGUCGUGGUCGGAACCAUUGGGCACGGCUGGGCCCCGGGUUCAACACCGCUAGACACCCCAACGCCAAGUCGGGAGGCAAGCACGCGACGGCGGGCCGACGCAGGCGGCAGGCAGCCGGCGGCGCCGCCGCCGCUGGCGGCGGUGCUGAUGCCGACCCCUGGGCCAGUGUCGCUGGCGAGCUUGGACCGUGCCGCCAGCGCGCCUUGCCCCAGUGGUAUUGGAGGUGGCGGCGGUGGCGGCACCGUCGCCGCCAGCGGCGUCAACACUGGACUCCUAGGGGGCACGCGCAAGGAGUACGGGAAGUCCCCUAUGGACUCGGCUUGCUCGGCCGCCGCCGCCGCCGCCGUUGAUGUUUCGGCUAUAACACACGCGAAGCACUUGGACAUCGGGGCUCCAUCGAUUAUCAUCUCCCCGUCUGCCGACAGUGGCGCUGUCGACAGUCCUGCGAUGACUUCUGCCUCCCCAUUCGUCUGCCGUACUCACCGCGCCGCUGCCGCCGCCGCCGCCGCCACCGAAUCAUCUGCCUCCUUGAUGGAGACGCCGUCCCCGGCGCCGCCGCCACCGCCGCCGCCCCCGUCGGCGUUUAUUUCCGGUCCUUUGUGCACAUCAGUGACGACAUCGCCAUUAGUGGCUUUUCCGUCAACAUCCACCGCCGCUAUGACUGGCCCAGCCACCGCCGCCGCCGCCGCCAUUGCCGUCCCAAUCGCCGGCGACAGUAGUCGGUCGCGGCGGUGCCGCGCCGCCGCCGGGCUCCUGCCCGACGGUCGUGCUUCAGCAGAUUAUUGUUGCGGGUCGGCUGCGACGGCGCCAACGAUUGGGGGUUUUGGAGCUCUCGACGGACGACCCACGGGUCAUGGGCCUGCUGCCGUGCCUAAAAACGUUGUCGGUGCUUCGGCGGCCAUCCAGCGGCAGUCGCUGCCGGCGCACUGGCCGCCGGCGUCGGAUCUCGACGGCGCCGCGCCACCGCCGCUGGCCCCGCCGGCGGAGCCGUCGCCGCCGCUGUCGAAUCGGCUGUUGAGCCCGGUGGCAGUGGCUUGCCCAGAUUUGCCUGUACCGCAGGCCAUCAGUCUUGCGAGGAUGACGAGCUCAGCUCUCACGGUUGUGGCACGGCCUGACGCGCGCGCCAGUCUCAACGGCAGUAAGCCAUGUCGUACAACGUACGACAACGUGGUCCUCGUCGGUAACGGUGGCGGCGCCGCCAAUGGCUGCGAGGAUGGCAGUACGAGACCGUCCGCUGGGCGCGUUCCCCCGGUGGCGGCGGCGGCGCCGUCGUCGUCGGCGACUGUGUCCAUGUCUUUAGCACGGCCCGUAUCGGCGGCGGCGCCGGCAGGACCAGGGCCGCUGCCGCCGCCGGCAGCUGAGGAUGCAGCCGCGGCGGCGGCGCCGCCGCCGCCGCUCCCGGGUCGCGCACUCGUGCGUGCUGCCGCCGGCAGCAUGACCCGCCGGCACGGGGGCAUCAUCCCCGCGCUGGGUCGCUGGUGCAAGAUGCGACUGGCGUCGUACAGUCGGGCAUGGUCCAUUACCUGGGUCAUCCUCAAGAACCCCCUCCUCUGGUCCCUCCUAGUCGCCCUCCUCAUCAACCUAUCCGGACUUCGCUCCGUGCUGUGGCCGGGAAGCCCCCACUACCGCCCGGAGCUAGGCUGGGUGGCGGGGGCGCUGUCCUGGACGUCGGGGAUUACCGUGCCGGUCAGCCUGUUCAGUAACGGGGUGUGGCUGUACGGCAAGACAUUUGGACGAGCAACGUUGAUGCAGGCUGGAGGCCUCCUGCUGGUGAAGCUGGUGGUGUUGGGCCCUAUGCAGCUCGCAUGUGCCGCGGCGUGUGGUAUGGAGGCGGCCGCCGCUAUGAGCCUGCUGCUGCUGGCGUUAUGUCCCGUGGCGAGUACGUCAUUCGUCAUCGCCUCGCAGUACGGCCAUGGUGCUGACGUGGUGACGGCAAUUACGAUGCUGGGGAUAGCGCUGCUGGUGCCGGUGGUGCUGGUUGCGUUGGCCUUACCACGGACUUUCGGGCUGUACGACUAUCAGGUCACGACGGCUGUUGCGGUUGCCGCCGCCGCGUCGUCGGCGUGA